AUACUUUAGACAACGUACGCGCUUAGAAUCUACAAGCUGAGGUCAGCACACAUAACUGGUCGCUAACUGGUUCCUCGUUUCCAGUUUGUUCAAUUUAGUUGAUUUACGAGCCUGGCUGUGAUCAGUUCGCAGAUCGUUUACAGUUUGUUGCAGCAUUUUUUUUUCAACCGUCCGAUCACCCCAUCAUGAUUCAGAAUUUGGUGAAAAGUACACUCCGUUCGGCGGCCGUCUGUCGGAAAAUGUUCUACCAACCAGCGGCCAAGCUGUCCUCAUCUUCGUUCGGUACGACACAAGGUCCAACGGCUCCGUUGACUUUCUUGACCGAAGACGAGAUGGUCAUGAAGGAGACCGUUGCCAAGCUGGCACAGGAACAGAUUGCCCCACUGGUCAAAAAAAUGGAUGAUGAACAUCAGUUUGAUCCCAGUGUGAUCAAGGCCGUGUUUGAUAACGGUUUAAUGGGCGUGGAAGUAUCCGAAGAAUACGGAGGAAGUAGAUGUAACUUUAUGACGAUGAUGCUGGUUGUGGAGGAAUUGGCUAAGGUUGAUCCGGCAGUGGCUGCGUUAGUUGAUAUUCACAACACAUUGGUCAACUCGUUGAUGAUCAAGCUUGGAACAGAAGAGCAGAAGAAAAAAUAUCUACCUAAGCUAUCACAGGAGUAUAGUGGCAGUUUUGCACUUUCGGAACCGUCUGCAGGAUCAGAUGCAUUUUCUCUCAAAACUACGGCCAAGAAAGACGGCAAUCAUUAUAUCCUUAACGGAAGCAAAAUGUGGAUAUCCAACUCCGAUAUGUCUGGAAUGUUCCUCAUCAUGGCCAACGCAAACCCUUCCGCAGGCUAUCGUGGCAUAACAACCUUUAUCGUUGAUCGGGACACCGAAGGGUUCACGGUUGGCAAGAAAGAGAAUAAAUUGGGAAUAUGCGCAUCGGGAACUUGUCAGUUGCAUUUGGACAAUGUUCGUGUUCCCGAGGAAAACAUUCUUGGUGAGUUCGGUAAAGGGUAUCAGUAUGCUGCAGGUUUCCUGAACGAAGGUCGUAUUGGUAUCGGUGCUCAGAUGCUUGGAUGUGCUCAGGGUUGUUUUGAUGCAACCAUACCGUAUUUGCUAGAGCGCAAACAGUUCGGUUCGGAUAUUUAUUCGUUCCAGAGUAUGCAACACCAAAUCGCUACAAUUGCAAUGGAAAUUGAAGCUGCACGUUUAUUAGUUUACAACGCAGCUCGUCUGCAAGAAGCCAAAGUUCCGUUCCUGAAGCAAGCAGCCAUGGCCAAGACCUACGCCUCGGAGGUGGCUCAGCGUGCCACGGUCAAGUGUAUCGAUUGGAUGGGAGGAGUUGGAUUUACCAAGGACUUCGUGCAGGAGAAAUUCUACCGUGAUUGUAAAAUCGGUGCUAUUUACGAGGGCACUACCAACAUGCAGCUAAGCACCAUUGCUAAGGUCCUAAGGAAGGAGUAUGAGUCGUAAAAUAUUUUCUCUGUGAUCGAGAUCGUCCGAUUCAAUUAAGUCUUCCAGUGUGUUAUGUAACUAGCCGGCAUUUGAUCAGUCGAAAUUGCAUAACCCCGAAUCUUUUGAAUAAGUGAACACAAACACACGCUCAUAUACGUUCUAGCUAUCGCGAAAAUUAAACAUCAAGAAAAUUGAUAAAACAAACUGAUAAAUGGAAAAUAGAGAAGAUGUUUUCUAUGAGCUGUAAGAACGUGAAAAAGUGAAUGAAAUGUCGAGAGUAAAAACUUGUGAUUAAAAGUAAUGCAUUUAAACUCAACAA